CCCUGAUCACAGGUUUAAUCCUAAAAUGUAUGCUAAUCGUAACAUUUGAAAAUUUGGUAUAAAUAGAAAUCAUAUAAAUUGAGUUCAACAAAUAAUUUUACAUUUACUAGCAAAAAGUAUACUAGGUAAAAAAUAUUGAUUUAAAAAUGGGCAAGGAUAAUAUAUUACGAUCCAAAAGACCUGUGAUUGAAAGUGAAUUCAAAACAGUCGGCGCUUAUAUUUGGGAUAAAUUGCAAAAACUUGAUAGUAAUGCCGUGUGUUUGACGGAAGCCUUAAGUGGCAAACAGUUAACUAUCGGUGAACUCAAAUCACGUGCCAAUGCCGUGGCGGUAGCCCUGGUGGACAGGGGGGUCACCAAAGGGGACAGAAUUGCUUUCUACGGCCAAAACUCCAUACAACACGCCGUACUGCGAUUUGCCGUCAAAUUUUUAGGCCUAACGUUCAUGCCGUUGAGCCCCACGUUUGAGAAGUAUGAGGUGCGCCAGGAGUUCACGGCUGCCGGCGCUAACAUUAUCGUGUCGUCCGCCGACGACUUCCAUAAGUUUCAGUGGGUUUUGGAUGACUCGCAGAAUAAUAACAUAAAUGGCGUUAAACUUGUGGUUAUUUUUGACGGAAAACGCGACAAACACGUGACGUAUGACCAGUUGGUGGCGGAGGGCACCGGUCGGACACUCCCGCAGAUACCAUACUUUGAGGUUAAUCCGGAUAUAGAUAUGCUGUUUCUCAUACACACGUCCGGCAGCACCGGUAGGCCCAAGUGCGCGAUGAUACCGCACCGUACGUUUAUAGCGGGCUCACAGGAAAGCCUAACGUUUUUGAAUUAUGAGAUGAGUGAACAGGUGGUGCUCGCCAUGCAAUACCCGUGCGGACACAUAUCGGGCACAGUUAUGAUACCCAUGCAAGUCAUAAAUGGCUUCCGUUUAGUCAUAUUCGGGGAGUUUAGCGAAGAGUUGCUAAUGAAGUCCAUCGAGAAAUACCGGAUCAAUGUUUUGCCGGCGUUUCCCGCAUUCGGGCGCCGACUGAUCGAUCCUCUAGAGCAGCUAUUCAUGCUGGAGAGCUCGGACUUCCCGUACUCGUGGCCACCGCGGCGGAAAGGGCCGUUAUAA